CCGAACAGCUCGCGAUUCGACGAGGCCCGAGUUCACCCUCUUCCGUGAAAUCCUACAUUUAUAUAUGUAUAUAUAUAGAUAUAUAUGGAUAUGUGUGUAUAUUUAUAAAUAUAUAUCUAUACGUCUUUAAAAAUAUAUACACAUGUAUAUGUACACUUGAGAUUCGAUACGUCGAUGCAGAAGGAGCCUUUGGGCCACGUGGCUCGCCCUACGCCGUGGAUUUAACAUCCCUUACGUCCCAUCGUAUCAUUUUUAUAAACCGGUGCAAAACUGUUGUCGGGAAGUAACGAAAUUCGAGAAGUAAAAUGACCACGUGGAUCGGAUUAAAGUGUUGAGGGCAGAAAAAUUAUUUUUCAUCGAUUUUUCGCCGACGAAAGUUCGCAUUCAAACUUUUAUAGGGUGUGAUUUCCUUUGAGUAUGGGGCUACGGAAGGGGUGAAUUUUAUUGUGAAUGUUGCAGUGCUGUGAGUGAACGCGACGGCGGGACGAGACUUUUCGACGCGAAUUAUUGGUUUACAGUGGAAAUAUUCGUCGAGGGUGAGGAAAAAGUGUCGCUGCGGUGCGGGGCAAGAGGGGGUACAUCGGAGGGUGAAUAAAAUUGUCAGUAACUGCUGAGCUACCUAUGUUGUGCGGUGAACUCUUGAACGGUGGCUUCGUGAGUGCGGGAGCUGUACCUGCGGUGCCCUGUGGUCUUCUCGGGCUCUGGUUACCCGGUUGCCUGCGAGCCACCAGUCCACGCUUACUUACAUCCCCCUACAUCGCAUUAUUGGCCGAACUCAUCGCCGAGGGUUAUCUCGAGCAUAAUCCAUCAGCUGAUUCUCCCAACGAUCAAAACAAGCACGAGCUUCACGACGAUUAUCCAUAUUUAAGACAUUUUUACGAAAACAUGGAUCUCGCUCGACGUAAUCAGCACUCGAACACCACCAAUUGCCAGUCCGACGAUCUCGACCUUGAUCUUGACAACGACGAGAGCGUAUUUCUCGAGAACGGUUUGCUGUCUUUCGAAAACCCAAACUAUCAUCUGGACCCGGCCCGUCUGGACGACGCCUUGAACAGUAAUGGAAACGGUAGCUCGAUUUUCGACGAGCUUUAUCAGGAACUCGUUGGUGGCAGUGGACGAGGAGGCGAGGUCACAGGGAACGGGGGUGGCGGUGGUGUCGUAGGCACUGGGGGUGGGAGCACGAGAGUCCAAGCACGCAGAACAUACGCGGCUCUCGAUCUCGGGAGCAUGGGGGUCGAUGUGACACAAGGACCCUUGACGGAGGACUCCACGAACGAGGAACCAUCCGACAAUACUGAUAAUCACAAUCUUGGGUAUGGCAGUGAGGGUGCGGAUAUCGCUGAAUCGAGCCUGGUUGACGACACUCUCAAUGGAAAUCCUCGUUCGGAAUCUACGACGAAUCCGUCCCCUCUGCAUCGUACCGAUGGUCCUCUAGGACCUUCCGCGAACCUCGAUGAUGUUGCUUUAGACCACAGCCUCACUACUAAGUACUGCGAAAAAGCCGAUAACGAGACAACGGACAUGGGCGGUGUUCCGCACGUCGAGGGCGGGCUCAAUAGCGAGCUUUAUGCACUUCCGGUCAAGCGAAGACAGCCGAAAUGUCAGAAAUCGAACGGGAUAACGCAAAAUCAAACGGAAAAAAUUCCUACCGGCCUUGAUACGAAUAGCAUCGACACCGAAGACAAGGACGAAAACUUGCCAACCGGAUGGGAAAAGCACGAAGACAAAGAUGGCCCUUACUAUUGGCACAUCAAGAGUGGCACGAUCCAGAGGGAACCGCCCGAGGCGCCGCUCAAUACCAAGAUCGAGAAUCGUCGAAGUUUCGUCAAGGACAAUGACAGCAUCAACAAUUUCCAUGGACUCGGUGGAAUGGUCAAUACUGUCACUCGGAGCAACACGAGUUCAGCACUGGACCAAGAGUUGGAGAACAAGAGAAAGGAAGAGCUCGCACUCAAGAGGAGAAGUUAUCCGGCUCGAGCAGACUCCGAGGGCCGAGAUAAGCCGAUAAGAUUCGCCGUGAGAUCGCUCGGAUGGACCGAAAUUGCUGAGGAGGAUUUAACGCCCGAGAGGAGCAGCAAAGCCGUUAAUAAAUGCAUAGUCGAUCUCUCCCUUGGUAGAAACGAUCUCCUCGACGUCGUUGGACGAUGGGGCGACGGAAAGGAUCUCUUCAUGGACCUCGACGAGGGUGCUCUGAAACUGAUCGAUCCCGAGAAUCUCACAGUUCUAAAUACACAGCCAAUUCAUACACUGAGGGUAUGGGGAGUGGGCAGAGACCACGGACGCGAGAGGGACUUUGCAUACGUGGCCAGGGAUCGAUCAACCAGAAAGCACAUGUGUCACGUCUUCAGAUGCGACAUCCAGGCCCGCACGAUCGCCAAUACGCUUCGGGACAUUUGCAAGAAAAUAAUGAUCGAGCGAUCGCUCCAUCAAAAUCUCGCUAAACCCAUCGACAUCAACGGAAGAACGAGCCUCGCGACGAGGCCGACGAAUCUACCUACGGAGCAUCGACGUUUUCACAGAAACGGUCAACCACUAGUCACGCAAUCGUUUCCAACUCCGAUGGAGGAACCGAAAAAAGUACUUCGGGCCCAGUAUCUCGGCUCGAUGCAAGUCACGGCAGCAACCGGUAUGGAGGUACUCAACGACGCGAUAGAUCACACUGUCACAAAUACACCGUUAAAUCAGUGGCGAAACGUGAACGUCGCCGUUGCACCGAGCAUGAUCUCAAUCAUGACGCCGAACGACGAUAAACUCAUAACGGAGUGCCGAGUGCGUUAUCUGUCAUUCUUGGGUAUCGGACGUAACGUCAAACAAUGCGCCUUCAUCAUGCACACUGCCCAGGACCUUUUCAUCGCACACAUAUUCAACUGCGAGCCAAGUAGCGGAGCGCUGUGCAAAACUAUCGAAGCAGCCUGCAAAUUGAGGUACCAAAAAUGCUUGGACGCUCAUCCACAGGGGUUUAGGAAUGCGAGCAGCCUGAACACCCCGAGUGGCCGGGGCCUCGGUGCCACACUUAAAUCUCUGGUAGGCUCCCUCACCGGUCGACGAAACAAACAGGGCGGUGAAUCCUGAGACGAGGCUCUCUCGCUGCAGGAACUUUGGCCGUUGCCUGCAGAGCGAGAGGUGAUAAGACACAGGCAUCUGCAGUCACCGUUGACGCUUAAGUACUUCGGUGGUUCUCCACCAAGCGCAUCCCUGAGAUCCUUACUUUCGCCCUCGCUCGACACGAGACGUAUACAAUUGGCGCGUUGGGAGAGUAAUCCUUGAGCGUCUUGAGAACAAUCGUCGCGAGUAUGGCAGCAGGUAGAACGGAGUGAAGAAGAUCAACGUGGGAGCGUCGAUGGAGCGGGAUCGAGCUGAAAAAAAUGGGAGAAAAAAUAAAAGAAGAUAUUUCAAAAUUCAAAAAAAAUUUUAAGAGAGAGAGUGAGAGAGAAUUUGAUUAUUUAAUGGAGGGAAAAAAACCAGCGUAUUUGAAUAAAUAAUCCAGAAAAACGGGGACGACUUUCUGCGUCUUGAUCUCUCUACUGAUUUUAUUACCGCUUUCAAAUGUGUCGCGAUGUUAAUUAUUAACAGGAAAAUAUAACUUUUCCCCGCAGAAGAAUUUUCUUUCCCCCUGGAAAAUUGUUAUCUUGUUUUUUCUUACCACGACGAGUGGCGGCAAUGAGCGAAUGAGCGGUUGGAAAAAAAAAACAAUACAGAGGGGCACGAGGAUAAUCACUUGACUCAUCGAUCGUUUCAUUCCAAUUGUUUUCUUUUUUCAAUAUUUUAUUUUUUUUUUCUUACAACAAUUUUUCGAUCGAUGCCGGAAUCUCGAAAGCGAAACGAGUCAAAUAGUCUGUAAAUAUCAACAUGCACGAUGGAUCUGCACACACCUGAUUGUUACUAAUGGAAAACAAAUUAUUAUUAUUAUUAUUAUUAUUAUUAUUAUUAUUAUUAUUAUUAUUACUGAAAGAAAAUCAUUUUCGUCCUUAACCCCGAAUGAAUACUCGAGGCGAAAUAAAAUUGCAAGAAAAAUAGAGCUGUUAAUUAUUCUCAGAUUCGCAGCGAGCUUAGAAAUUUUCAACACGAUUUGUCGAUCGACUAUUUAACGAUUGUCUCACCGAUCAAUCGAAUAAACAUUCUCAACGAGAGUCGAGAUACACUCACAUACGCAAACCCACACAUACACGUAUACACACAGACACAUACACACACGAACAUUGCACACGUUUGUCAUUGUGUUCGCAAUGAGAGAAGAAAGAAGAAUUCUUCGAGUCUCGUGGAAUUACGUAAAUUAAUGGGAAAAAAGAAUAAAUCGUUUAGCUGAUAGGGGAAUUUAUUUUUUAUGCCAAAUAAUAUGUGAGCUUGCGGCGAGAGGUGAUAUGACAAAUAUUAGAAAUGGCCAUCAGAGUCGUUAUGAAUUUAAUGAGAAAACAUUAUAAAUUAACUGAAAAUUGAAUAAAUAUACAAUAUUAUUACUCGAAUUGUAUAUCGAAAGAGCGUAAACAAGACUAUCGUCCUAUCGGGCCGAGUAUCGAACUAUAUUCUCGGAUUGUUAGUAAAGUAACGAGAAUAGUCAACUUAGACAAAGCAGCAAUGACACGAACGUGGAAAUGUGAGGAGAAAAAAUGACACUUGAAAAUCGUUUAUCAGUCUGGACUAACAAAGUUGAGGGUGAAUCUGAAAAUGGAAAGCGAAUAAUCGUUUUGCAAUUUACAAAGGAAAAAUGAUGGUGAAGAAAACUAGAAAAUGCGAACGAAAUCCUUUUUUCGAUUUCUCAUCGAGAUGGACAAAGAUUAUGGGGAAUUCGAUUUGAAUUUUUUCUUUCCAAAUCAUUCGGAUUCGUUGAUUUAAGAAUUGAAAUACGACACAAUUGUGAACAGCUCGUUAGACUGAUACGAUAAUUCAACGGAUUUACAGUUUCUUCUCAAAAGAACAUUUUUGUAUCGAGGUAAAAAUUGUUAAUCAAUAGUCUUUCAACAAUUCUUUUGUGACUUCACAAGCUCGAUGCGACGACCGAUAAAAGGGUUUCAAACAAAAUUCAAAAAAAUAAAAAACAAUGGAAGAACGUGAAAUAAUAUGGAAAAAAUGAAAAGUGGUAAGAAACACAAAAAUGGAGUGGGACCCAGUUCGAGGGUGCACGAGAUCGUGGCCCUGAGAAAAAAAAAAUAUUGUAUUACAAAAAGCGUUAAUAAUGAAGAAAUGGAAUGACUGCGUGAAUGAAGAAUUCCCAAAAAAAAGAAUCAUACGAAGAAAAAUCCAAUGGUAGAAAAUAAAGAGGAGUCAAGAGGUUGAAAGAAGUAAACCAAAUAAGAAGCGAAACAAAUGGGAAACGAGAUAGUUUCCAGAAAAAAAUUAUUGUUGUACUAUGCAUAAUUAUUUAUUUAUCAUUUCCUCUUAUUGCGAAAUAUUUGGAAAAAUGAAAAAAAAAAAAAAUGGGGUUAUACGUGCGAUUUAGGUUUAGAAUGCUGAGCGAAUUAAGAAUUGUAUCUUAGAGAGAAAAAAAAUAAUAAUAGUAACGAUAAAUUAAUGAAAACUAAAUUAAACAAAUAAAAGAACAAAUAAACGGAAAGUCGACGAGAGGAAGAAAGAGAUAGUGAGAAAGAAAUGAGUGAGAGAAUAAAAACAAAUGAAACAAAAAUAGAUCGAAUACGAGAUAGGGAAGAAGAGAGUUAUCGAAAGAAAGAUUUACAGAAUAAGUAAAGAAUCACUAUUGUAAAUAAGACACGCUGAACGCCCGCCUUUACUAUGACUUUAACUUAGGUAUGUAUACAUAUAUAUGUACAUGAAGAUCCAUUUCCAUAUACAGAGUGUCCCAUUUUAAACGAGACAUCAAAUUAUUAUAAUGAAAAAAUAAGACCGUGCAAAGAAAUAGAGCUGACGAAAAUUGAGCAAUUCAACGCUAUCUUUUUCGAUGAGACGAUCGCCUUUUUUUUAUGAAAUCGUUGGAAUAAAAUAGAGCACAGCUGCAAGCAUCGAAGAUGUAAUAGGACCGAUUUCAUUUGAUUAAAAGGUCGGGCAACAUUGUGGAGAGUCAUUGAGAAAAAGAUGACUCUGUUGUUUGACAAGUUUCGAUUAGAAUUUGUCGAAAUAUUUCGAAAAAUAAAACUCAUUUCGUACCUAUUCGAACUAACAAAGAAAACACGAGAAACAUCGAGUGAUUCCGAAUUUUUUAACUGAUCAGAGCGAACCGAUCAUUUUUCGAAACAGGAAAUUGACUUAAACCUUUACAGUGCUCGAAUUUUCGAGAGUUGAAUAAUUGUUUUUUAUUUCAAGUACGUUCCUCUGCACUUUUUGCCUCAUGAAAUUCCACACACCAAAAAUGUUGGAUAUAUCGACCGAAAAAUAAAGAUCUCAAAAAUUUAACUAUACUUUCGAGUAUUUUAUUUACGGUCUGAUUGUUUUCAGUAUUUUAAUUUGGUGUACACAUCAAAAUGGAACAUCCUGUGUGCAUGGUUUUCGUGAAGAGAUUGUAAUAUCACGCGAAGAUUCGCUAUCGCCGUCUAAUAUUCGUGAUCGACGCGAUACCGAUUAUUAUUAUUAUCAUUAUAACUGAUAUAAUUUGAUUAUUUUGUUAUUAUAACUAUUAUUAUCGACGCUGAAGCGCGUCAAAAUCGCGAUCGUAAUCGGCUAUAGGUGUAAACGCAAAAAAAACAUUGUCACUGCUAUAUCAUAUAUUAUAUAUACUCGUCCUGUAUAUGAUAUAAAAUAUAGUUAAAAGAAAAAUAAUAAAUAAAAUAAUUAACAAAUACGUAUUUGCGCGUGCCUGUGUUUGUGUGUGUGCGGUGUGUACGUAUGCGUGUGCGUGUAUGUGUGCAUGUCGUGCCCGUACGUGUAGGCAUGUGUGUGAGAACGAAUUUUAUUCAGCUGUAAUAUCGUCGAUGAUUUUUUACACCGAAUCAGCUAAAUUUUCUGAAAUAUGUGAAAACAAUUGAACUCUCUGACGAAUCCAACGAAUGAUCGUGGAUAUCAACUGUUUUGAUGAUAAAUAAAUGAGAUUUUCUAACGUUGCUUAAGUUUUGUAAGCAGAUUUUAUUUACUCCAAUAUUUCAUGAGACUUUUAUUGGAUCGGCAAAUUGGUUUGAAAAUUCGCAACUUUGGGGAACAUUGAAAAUUGUUAGUUUCCUUUUAUUUUUUUGAAUAAUACUGUUCGAGAAAAAAAUGAUUUGCGAAUUGUGGACGUACGUGAUCGGAAAAUACGAGUGGGAGGAUAAAUUGUAAAUAUACAAAUAACUUGAAUGCCGAGCGUGUUUUAUGAUCAAUCGAAAAACGUACGUCGGCAAAUUCGCAUGACGAUUUUACGGUGAAUAAAACGAGAAACGUUCUACACACACAGUUCGGAAAUACUCUGAACCCGGAAGAGCAAGCGAAUACGAAUGAAAAAAUGCGUUGUGUAAAGAUGAGAGAAAAAAACAAUCUUGCGAGCAUUAGCUUAUCUGUUUCUUAAUAAGUGUUCAAAAAAUAAAUCGCUGUAAGAGUAUGCUGCGAAAGAGAGCGAGAGAGAGCGAAUGAGAAUAAAAACACGACGAGGUAAGGGCGAGGUGCACUGAAACGAGUUUAUUUAAAAGUAUCAACAGCUAUCGAAUACUCAAACUCACGAAUUUGACUUCAUUCAUUUUCCUCCGAACGCGAUGAAACUCAACAUUUCGAUUGAUACCACGAGAGCCAAAAUCUUAGUUUCUGAUAUCACCAAAUUCACUGAAAUUUUACGCAAAUUCUCGUUUUACACAAUUCUGUUAGAAGAACUGCAAUUAAGAAGAAUAAUAAAGUGGAAAAAAAUGUAUCGAAGCACCUUUCUAAGUACGCAUUUCACAAUUUCCUAGUUUUUCGACAAUCGAAAUUCGAGGUUGUUUUAAUUCGAGCGCGAUCGGUUGAAAAUGGUGGUCAAAUCGACGGUUCGAUAUUGACAGUCCUGAAGGAUGAAAAAAACCGGUGAAAAAUAACGAAACGCUAUUCCGAGUCUGAGUGAGAUCGAAGGAAGGUUAAGGUUGAGUGUGUUCAAGGAGCGAUUUGCGAUCUCUCGCGCAGAGCAGGUGACGCAUUGGAAAAGCCGUAAUAACCGAAGACACUAGUGUUAGUACACGAAAAACCUACUAUAUAUAACUGUCAAAAUAAAAUAAGCCUCUAAAAGGUAAAAGGUUACGAGGGGAGAAAAGGUAAACCCAUAACAAAACACUACCGAUACGAUAGAAGAAGAAAAAAAACGUUGUUCUGCACAAAAUAAAAGAAAAAAUAUCACGGAUGCUUGAUCGAUAAUUAAUAUAGUGUUUCGAGAUUAAACGUACCUCUCUGUUAUUGCCCACUUUCACCCCUUAAAACCACCGCCGCCGACCCAACGUUCCGCCCAAUGAAAACAAACAAAUAACAAAAUAAACGAAUAUUACAAUUUAAAUGAUCAUAAAUAACGAAAGAGAAUUUUAAAAUAACGUAAACGCUCGUCGAUCGGUCACGAAACAAUCUUUUUAGAUUUCGUCGCUCAUUCACACACUCGUAUGAAAACAUAUAUGUUUAUAUGCAUAUAUAAACAUAUAUAUAUAUAAAUCUAUGUGCGUAUGACAUAUGAAAAAUGCAUUUUUAAAUCCGAUCGAAGUAUAUUGCGAUAACAGGAAUCUCUUUGAUUUUCCAUCUCCUCAUCAAUUUUUUUCAUUUUUAAUCUCGUUUGUUGUCGUAUUAUCAUCGUUAUCAUUGUUCCAGAAAAGCUCUCGUCAUCGAUCCUUCUGAAUCUUACAGAUUUUUAUUGCCAUUCAAAGCGAGCAGAGGGCUCAUUAUUUGUUCUAUAAAUGUAUAUGCAUAUGUAUAUGAGCAUUUAUUACACGUCGAGAUAUCAAACGAGCCUCGAGAAACACGAAGUUUCGUAUUAUAUGUGUAUAUACAUUUAUGUCCGUACAUAGAUAUGUUGAAUGUUUCUUCGAGAAGCGUAAGUAAAGUAAUGGGGAAAAAAAAACAAUAUAGAAAGUUUUUAAUCGAUCGUGUAUGUUGCACCGAUCGCGAAGAGUCGAACACGCCCUGUGAUGAGAUGUAAUCUCGACGAGACGCGCUUUUACGGAUACGUUUCAAUAAAUCGAAUGAAAUAACGAGAAUGAGGAAGAAGCUUGAACACGAAGAAACAAUGAGGUUUUAAAAACGAACUUACUUUGAUAUGCACCCGCGCCACCACUGUAACACGCCCAUUCGUAUGCGUAGUCGAGAAUUGAAAAAAAAAAAACGAAAAAAAAAAUAAAGACAAAAACAAAAUAAUAAUGAAUAAAAUCCACAAUUUCGUCUCGUUUUAUUAUAAUAAAAUGGACGCCAAGAGUAUAAAGAUAUUACAAAGCGAAAAAAAAAGAAUAACAACGUGAAUGAAACAAUGUAGCCAACACACCCGCCUCUUGUGAAUAAACGCCUGUUCGUUUCUUUUCA